CGGCGAUAUAUCCGAGCUACCAGUCGGGUGUCACGUCGGCAUCGAAAAAUAUUUAAAACACCUCCUUGACAAAACAUAAAACACCUCCGAUUUCAAUAUAAUCACCAAAGAUAACCGAUAACAUCCAAUUAGUGACGCAGUGUGAUAUUGAGAUCUCAUUUUAUUCAUAAUCAACAUUGAAAAAGUGAAUAGAAAAUCCUCAGAAAAAACCUUGACGCUUUGGCAUACUCCCAAAAACUAUUAAAAUCUUUCUCACUCGAUUUAUAUACAUCCUCAAAUACAGUGUUCUAUAAUUUCGAGUUGAUUCAGUGAUCGGUCGUUGCGUAAAGAACCUUGAGAUACGCCGUUAUCGUGAUUGGAAAGUGCCCGGAUGUGCAUAAUGCAAAAAAUGUUGUUGUGUUGAAUCGUUGAAAGAUGCCCGCUGUUUUGGAGAUUGUUUAUCAAGAUGCAAAGAGGAAGACCAAGAGUGAGAGGAGGAAAAUCUGUCAAUAUCAGAGAUUGGGAGAAGCAAGGAGAGUUGCUGAAAGAAUGGAACGAUGAAUUGUGCAGUGCGGAAUCGUUACCCGAAGUGGAAAUUAUCAGCCUCUUAGAAGAACAGAUUCCGAAAUAUAGAUUAAGAGCUGAUACACUAACUAAAUUUGGAGGUUACGAAAAUCAAGACUGGUUUAUACCGUCGCCGGCUCUCGAGGUUGACGAGGCCGAUUUGAAGUUAUCGCCGGAUCAAAUCCGGGAAACUUUGAAUUAUUUCCUUCUAUGUAGCAAUCGCGUGAGCCAAAUGACAAAGACCUACGAUGAUAUUGAAGCGGUUACUAGGCUUCUGGAAGAGAAAGAAAAGGAUUUAGAACUGACAGCUAGAAUCGGUAAAGAACUUCUGGUAAAUAACAACAAACUAGAAAACACAGUGGCGUCAUUAGAAACGGAUCUGAAAGCGGCUCACGAAAAAAUCACUCAACUCAGUCAUGAAGUACACAAAAAAACUGAACUCAUACAAAUACUCACCAACGAUAUGGACGAUGUCGGUUUGGAGAACGGAUCAUCGGGGAAAGUUAAUUUGGAAUUGAUGAACAAACGGAUUUCUUCACUGGAAGAUGAAAAUAAGGCUCUGAAAAUGGAAUAUUGUCGAUUGGCAUCUUGUGCGGAUGAUAUAGAAGCCGAAGAAGCUAGAUUACUGAAAGAUCUUACAGGGCAGCUGACUUGUGCCAAUUCGAGCAUGACCUAUUUAGAAGACGAAGUAGAUAGAUUAAAAGACGAAAAUAGGCAACAACACGAGCAGAUUUUGGCAUUACAGUCCCAGCUUCAAGACACCGAAAGUAAAUUACGUAAGAUCUUAUCAGAAAAUGACGAAUUGAGUGGCAUUCUCCAAAUCACCAAAGAUAAUCAAGGUAGUUUAGCUGUCGAAUUAUCAGAAUUCAAAGCUCGGUAUUAUGAAGUCGAAGCAUUACUACGUGAUGCUCAGGAUCAAUUAAGGAAACUAAGAAAGAAGCAAAUGCCCGGUGCUAGGAUUAAUAUGUUCUCAUCUUUAGGACAGAACGCAAUUGGACCUUACGAUAGCCUUCAGAGCGAACUUGAGAUGUCUAUACAUUCUGAACUAAGCACCGAUUCUGGUAUAUCAAAUUCGGAUUUAGUGCCACAAUACAAGAAAGUAUUUGAUACGGUGAGAUGUGCAUCACAGAAUUCUCUCAGCGGAAGUGACAGCUUGGGCAGUCUCCAUUCUAGUAUGGGCGGUUAUGUAAGUAAUAUUGGAAACAAUUCAGGACCGAGAAUGUCUUCUAGAAUGCAAACUGCUACAGAUUUAAGAAGAUCAUCAGGAUCAAUAUAUAGUAGCAGUUCUUUAGGAUAUCCCAGUAUAGAGUCUACAGGAUAUUCAGAUACUGAUUGUAGUCAAACAGACUCGGAUGAAGGAUAUCCAAGUGGACCCCGCAAAGGAAUACCUGGAGUACCUGGUGCUACAGAACUAGAAGCCGCUUUGAAGAGAUUAACCCCUGGUGAAAUUUUGGCGAGGAGAGCAAAUCUUCAACAUGGACCUACGUAUGGGGGUUAUGAAGGUGAGUCGUACCUUCCAUUCGGUUGUCGAACUCCAGACAGUUUAAUGUCUACUGGCUCCAGUCACUACCAUGGUUGGAAGUUACCUGAGAAGCUGCAAAUCGUCAAGCCAAUGGAAGGGUCGCAAACUUUACAUCAAUGGUCACAAUUGGCACAACCUACCUUCGGCGGCAUUCUAGAUGAAAGACCUGGUGUAAAAAUAAGAGUUGGUAAAGAACUAGAAGAACUUGGCUUAGAAUCAUAUGCACUCAGUGAUUUAGAAGAAGACGAAGAAUAUACCAAUCCCGGGAAGAUAUUUGAUGCAUCUGUUCAUACAUACACUUACACCAAUAGCACUAUAAUGCAUCCUGAUGAUGGUACCACAUCAGUAACGCACAGUCAAAUGGGAAGUCGCAUGGCAUCAGUUUGUUCGAGUGUUCAACCAUCUCCACCUCAAACUCCAAUAGUCAGAAGUAGAAGGAAUUCUUGUAGUACUUUCUCCACUACCCUGGGCUUAGCCAAGAUGCUUAAUGAAAGAGGUAUCAAAGCAGUGACUCCAUCUUGUGUACCAACCCCGAGUGGACCUAAUAGUUUUACUCCGACAGCCACUCCACAUAACAGUCCUGAUAGCAGUCCAAUGUCAACAAGACCUGGCUCUCCGGAACCCUAUGAGGAACUAAGCCUGCCUCAAUUAAUUUUAAGCUCAGUUCCAACGUUUCUGAGAGACACCAUCGGUGGGGGGGCUAAAAAGAAAGUCCCUCUUCCUAAACAUAAGAGAGUUCGAACGGAGAAAAACGAGAGUCUUGUGGGAAAGAUAGAAAGAAUGGGUAUUAAUAAUCUAAUGGCGAAUCCCAGCGCGCUGUACGCUCGACCAGCACUCACAAGUCCCAUGGCACAAUUAACUUGCCUGUUACCCAGUCAUGGUAAUGAAGAUUUACCUUCCAAGGGACAGAAACAACCCAGCCCGCUUUCUACUAUAUCCGAACCGACAGGAAUAUCUUCACAGCGCAAAGGUAAUUUAGGAGUACCUGGUAAACCGGGUAGUGGAGCACUAAAUCGUAGAUUAGAACAACUUAACGCACGUAAACAACGUCGACAGCAACAGGGAGGGGGUGUUACAAGACCCGAUUUAGGAACAGUAUCGGUAUCUAAACCUGUUGAACAACCUGAACAACAUACAUCGACAUUAGGAACAUUAAGUUCAUUGCUAUUCGGUAGAAAAGGCGGUUUAUUCUAAAAAUAAGGUAGUCAAAAUAUAAAUCAUGUUUCAAUACUAUUGACGUUAUGUAAAAUGCCAUUUGUUUAAUUUCUCUUUAUGCAUACAAAUAAGUCCAAUGUUAUUACGUUUAACAAGUCAAAAAAUUAUAAAUCUGUUGAAAAAAAUACUUUUUCAGUAUAUAAUAAUAUUGAUACCUAGACCGGGAGGGUUUGGACAAGUAAUUGUCCGCGAUUCCUGCCCUUUGAGUUAUUGAAGAAGUAUAGAAAGUACUUGUGAUUCCUGAAAAAAUAGGAUUCCAUUGACAUUUUCCUGGGAAAAUGUCCUGCCUCGUUUUUCUGAUUCCUACCAUGUUUAUAGAAUGAUAUUUUACAUACCCAAACUUUUUUGCUCGAGGACUUACCUUCCUUGUGGAAUUUUUAUCGCGACCCACAUAUUAAAUAAUAAUUAGCCACAUAUCACUAUAAUAAUUAUUAUUACUAUUUUUAAUUAUUAUCAUGAAAUUUCUCUUUUGAGGAACAGGUACAAGUGUAAAGAGAAAUAAGAAAUGAUGAAAAAACACUUUUAAUUCAGAAUCUUGAAAUUAAACAAAUAAAUAAUAAAAAAGUGAAAAAAGACUUACGUAAUUAAUGUGACUUGUGUAGCUGGUGUUUAUGAGUUACAAGAGACUCUAUGACUGGGUUGAAAGUUAAAACCUUUAAACGCCGAUCACUUUCCACACAAAGCCUGUUUCUAUAUUUAUUUUUUAAAUAUACCCAAGUAGAGAAUGCCUUCUCACACAAAUAUAUGUGAGAAACCCCAUCAGCUCUUUUAAGGCUAUGUUCGAAUGAACUAGAUAUUCCCCCGUGGCCUUUAUCCAAAAUAGAGUUAACGUCAAGUCCUUAAAUGUUUAUAUCAGAGUAAAAUCACAAGAUACUUCUGUAAGGGAGUCUUCUUCAAAUGCUGAGAGCUCUACUUUGGUCAGGAAAUCAUUAUCAAACGGAUUUCUUAUCCAGAGAAGCUCAUCUUGUAUUUUUGGAAAAUACCUCCUAAAACAAAAACCAUCGUUAAGUAUAUAAAUAACAAUUUUUAGGAUAUUCAAGUUACGUAAAUAUCAGUUGGAAAAAUGGUAUUAUUCAUAAAAAAUCUGUACUAAUUACCUGAGACUGGUAGCCAAUACUCGAGGAUGUUCCUUUAUUGCUAAUCUUGAGUCCAUAUGUUUCUAAAAAGUUAUUGAUGAGUGGAAAAACAUCAAAAGAACUCUUUUCCACUUGAUUGACCCAUCUUUCAAAUUUUUUAAUGUUUGCUUCGAUCUUAUCUUGCACAUAGAACUUGUGGACGUCCUUUUCUUGAAGUAUCAAAUAAAGAAUGUUCAGGUUACUGAAAUCGUACCUUAAAUAUGAAAGUUGUAUUGACCAGUUUUCAUAAUGUAACAUUUCCAAAAAUUUGGCUAUCUAUUUGGCCCCAUCGUCAUUUUUCAACAAAAACAUCACGAAGCUCAAACAAUCUUGACAGCACUUCAUCUCUUGAGAGCCACCGUACUUUACAUCAAUUCACAUAUUCUUGGUCUGUUUCGGAAACCUUGAAAACAAAUAUUUGAAAUAUACAUAUUUUAUUAGGUAUUUUAGGCGUUAAAAAAAUUUUGAUAAUGAUAAACAAUCGUUCUAUAAACGUGGCGGGGAAUCGAAUUUCGUCGCAAGACACACUUUUGUUUGUUUUUGGAAAAUCUCGUUUACCAGGAAAUUCGUUCCAAUCCCUUCCGGUUUAUAAUAAAAUAGUGUGGCUUGUGGUCACAUUAUUUACCCAAUUGCCUUAUGAACUGGGAAAGUUGUGUAGAAAACAUUUUUUUUCACUUAACAACUUCAUAUUAUAUCAUUUAAAAGAAUAUUUUUAUAGGUUUAUAUUAAAACCAUCUUUAGCAAUAAAAAUUAGUUUUUCAAUAAAUAAUGCAAUGUACAUUGUAGAAACUAAGACUACAAUAACUAAUUUUUUCAAUUAAACCAACAGGACAUUGGCCUACCUUAUUCAUUAUUUAUUUUUAAAACUUCAUGGACUUACCUUUAUAUUUUCAUGUUGUCACAAGGAAUAACUUUCCUUCAAAGUUGAUGAAUUUAUAUAAUAACGUCUAUAGUAUUCAAAAUUCAAUCAUAGGUUUAAUAGCGAGGUUGAAAAUUUUUUAAAAUAAAAUAUUAUUAAGUAGACGAGUUAACAGUAUUGUUUCGACUUAGUCAUGUAAUGAUUACAGCACAAGUGAUUAUUAUAAACUUCUAAAAUCAUCUCCUCAAAGAUGUGUCCAUAGGAAGUUAACUUUUCGUUACUUUUUCCAUGUUCCACUUAUGAAAUCAAAUUAUUAACUAAACAAAAAGUUGCUGCUUGUUUAUUGAAAUAUUAUUUAUAUUGUUGCAAAUUUAAAUAUCAUAUUAUAAUGGUUCAGUUCAUUCCUAAAUGUUAAAUUUUAAUUUAACGCUGAUGUUACUUGAAAUAACAGUAGAAACGAUUUGUCAAAGUUAAAACCUUAUUGUAUAAAAUACAAAUUUCCAUACGUGGUUUUAUAAAAAUAAAAUAGCCUCAAAUCUAGAAAUUUUAGAUUUAGACAUCAAAAAUUUUAUUUAAUUUCUUAACUGGUAUAAAACCUUUAGUUGAAUUGGACACAUGUAAUUGUAUCACUUGCUUCUUAAAAUGUCUUAAUUACCGAAUUAAGUGUGUCUUAUUUAAAAAUUUUAAGUCAUCCAAGCUUUAAAGGCAUUAACAAAAUACAUCGUAUUAAAUUAUUGUCAACAAUGUUUACUUUUCUAAAAUAUUAUUUUUUAAAAUACUUAUUAGCUACAGCAUGAUAUUUUUAUUGGAAAUUAAAACAUUACUUAUCUUAUUUUGAUUCCCAUGCAAUUUAAACAUAUGAAGUCAGCAGUUCACUUAGACAUUAAACCAUCUUUUGGUCAAUUAGUUUCCAUAUAUGUUUUAAUUUGAAAAUCUUAUUGAGCAAUAAGGCCACAGAUCUCCUAAAUUUAGAUAUGAUGUCCUUCAUAAAAUAUUUGUAUCUUUAAAUUUUUUCAAUUUCAACGUUUUGGCCCAUUUAACUACAGCAGUCCUACUCAGACCCUCACUAGCGAAGAAUUUCCGUGUUUUUAAUGCCUUCCCUUGCAAAAAAACGAAUGAGUAAUGGCGGUCAGUACUUUCCAUUUCCUCAUGGUUGUACCGCACGCGUGAAACGUGCGUUCGCGUUAAAAACUAUGCCACACUGUUCGCGACUAUAAAAACAUACAGGGGCAUUAUCUACAGCGUUUGUAUCGGAUUUUACAACUUUUUAUACCAUUUUGUUCUUUUUUGUUAUUUUCAAUGAAAAAAAGUAUUUGUUGAGUAGUUUGUAGAUUUUGGCUAUUAACAUCUCUUUUUGUAAUAAUUAUUUGUUUAUAUUAGUGGAAUUACCAUUAACUAUUAUCUAGAUCGAAAGGAUCAAGUUUUUAAUGUCAUAACAUAUCAAAAAAUCUUCUUUAUUUGUUUUUUAUACUUUUAACUAUUUUUAUAGAAUAAAAGUGGCUUAAUGCGAAACCGAUAUAUUUUAUUUAUAAAAACCCUUCAAUAAUACAACAAAUUCAGAUUGCUUGGAGCCUUGCAAUGUAAUAAGCCAGUUUUGGAAGUUGUAAGUGGUAAAAUAUACAUUGGUUAGGUUAGUCCUUAACUUCCCUAAAUUUUGGAUUAAGUCACUUUUGUUCAGAGCAUGAGAAAUACUGAAUAAAACUUGAAUACAUUGAUGCACAUCUCGCCGCAUAUGGUCCUUCAAGCCGGAUAUUUUGUAUUGAAUAUUUUUUAUUCCAUAUAAAAAACAAAAUCUAAAUUUUUUUAUCAUUAUUUGUGUUAUUUCAAAACAUUCACUGACUUCAUUGCAUCAUUACAUAUAAUCUUUUGAAUGGCAUGUGUUUAAAGAUUUUCAUGAUAUAUUAAAGUAUCCGCGCUUUUCCUUCUUCUGUUUUGAUUUGAUCGAGGUGAUUGUAUAAUUGUACUUAAUAGAACGCCAUAUAAACUUUAUAUAUUUCAGACUUUGAUGUAGCACAAAAUAUAUUUUAUAAAUUUGAUUUUUGGAUACCUUUCUAUUUGGUGCUGUUUUAAAUGCUAAGUUAUAGUUGUAAUUCUUAGGGGUCUAUUCUGUACCUUUUAACCAUUGGUUAAAAAUAACCAAUGGUUAUAUUUAAAUGUUGUGUAUAACCAUUGUUUGUAUUCUAUCAUCAAAACUUUAGUUGUAUAUGUAAGCAACAGCGGGUAUAGUGUUGGUUAUAGUAUUAUUUAUAUCGACAAGAUGUAAGGAUAUAAAAUAAUUUAACUACAUUUUCAAGGAUUUUGUAACGUUGUCAAACUUGUGCCUAACUUCGUUACGUAAAUAUAACCGUAUCGUUAAAAAUGAAAAAUUAACCAGAUAGUUAAAACUGAACAAUACAGAAUACUCAACCGGUUUAAUUUCUAUAUCGAUGUUAUUAAAAAUAAAUUGAUAACCUAAUGGUUACAAAUAACCGAAAAGUUACAGAAUAGACCCCAUAAUGUAAAUAAUAUUUUAUGUAUAUAGUCAUGAUAGCAAUCCCGAAACUAUUGAAAAUUAUUUGAAUGUAGAUUAUUACACCUAUAAAGUGCCAAAUGUUAAUUGACACAAAUCUCUUACAGCAAUUAAUUUCAAUUUACUUUUCAUUAUUAAGCAAUAAUUGUGGAUUUGUGUCAUGCAGUAGCCCAGUACUAAUCUAAAUGUGAAACUAUUUGUUCAUGAAAAACUCCACUUCAAUAAAAAUCUAAUCAAAAAGUAUGAAAAUAACAAAGGAAAAAGUUCUUUCUUCAUUUAAAUCUACUUUUAAAUAGGUUGAUAGUUUUGGAUACUC